UUUUGUGUGCACGCAAGCAGACUUGCUCGUCGUCGCCUACUUCUCUCUACGACCGCUUUGGAGUUACGUUGCAUAUUUUCCGUAGGGUUUUUUGUCCACCCGACAGGGUCAAAAGUCGUCUCGCGAUUACGUAAGGCUAUCCGGAAAUGGCCCCCAAGGAACCGUCCGCGCUGACCAAGCUGUACCUGAUCCUGUACAACGGAGCCCAGGUUGCGGGAUGGUCGUACAUGCUGUACCAGCUGGUCGGGUACUACACGUUCGACAAGGGUAGCGGCAAGACCCUGUGGGAGUACCUGGGUACGACCGUGCAAAUCUUCCAAAAUGCCGCAGUGCUUGAGAUUCUCCACGCAGCGACCCGCAUCGUUCCGUCCAAUCCGGUCAUCACCACCUUCCAGGUACUGUCCCGCGUGAUGGUGGUGUGCGGCGUCGUGAUGGCCACCCCCACCGGCAAGACCUCCCCGGGACUCCCGCUAGCCCUGCUGGCCUGGUCCGUCACCGAGAUCAUCCGGUACGGCUAUUACGCGCUCAACCUGGUCGACGCCGUGCCCAAGCUGCUCGUGUUCCUCCGCUACACGACCUUCAUCGCGCUCUACCCAAUCGGGGUGACCGGCGAGCUGCUCUGCUUCUACUGGGCCCAGAGCUUCGUGCGCGAGUCCAAACAGUGGAGCAUCGAAAUGCCCAACGCGGCCAACUUUACCUUCUCCUACUUUUACUUCCUGUGGACCGUGAUGGCGCUGUACAUUCCGCUCUUCCCCCAGAUGUACCUGCACAUGUUUGCCCAGCGGCGGAAGAUCCUCGGAGGUGGCGGCGCCAAGAAGGACACCGACAAGCAGAAGGUCAAAUAAUCGCACACAGGCGCGAACAUUCCCAGAUUUCAAUGUCGGUUCAGGGGUUCCAAAAGGUUAAGGGUUACACUUCAUUAUUGUUUGCUCAAAUGUUUCUAACCUUGCAGUGAGGAGGUUGCUUUAUUUAUUCUCAAACGCAUGACUGUGGCGUUACUUCGUCACACUUCAAUAAAAACAACGUUCGUCCAGAGAAACACAAACUUAAA